AUGGGUUGGGAUCAAAAGGAGCAGUGGGGCGGCGGUUCAGCAGGAGUCGCCAAGCGGAGAUGCUCAGGCACCGCUUCAACUAAUAAACUUGUCCUGCCACCCCUGCAAGGAGGCUGUGUAUAUACCUCUACAAUGAGGAGGCAGCAACAAUUGCUUCAGAUAGAAAUAGUCCGUCGCCAGUGUAACCUUACCCUCUUGACAGCCGCAACGGACGGUCCGCAACCAAACACUGGCAUCCCUAUGUUGGAGGCUUCUUUAUUUGUUCCGGAAAUGCUUGGCCCACUGGUUCCUCUUCCAUUCGCGGUGGAGCCUGGCCAGCGUCUGUUCGUCGGGGAAGGUCUCUUUCCUAUCAAAUUAUGGUCUGGUAUGGUCUCGCUAUGA